CCCAGCCGCAGCCAGUUGAUUCGGACACGGCCUAGCCUUCGAUUGAUGCGUGCGCAAGGACACCUUUUGUUACCUUUCUGCGCCGGUAUGCAAAUGAGCUGCACCCUGAAAGUGGUUUGGUGUACAAACAGGCAGAUUUGGGGAAAAUUCUCGUCAUAGGCAAUUCUUACACAAAGGAGCAACUGCAGACCAGAAUUUGGAGAAAUUCACACGAGAUAUUUGGACAUAAGAUAUCAAAGAUGAAGACGCCUGGUUCUAUGCUGCUGUUCGCCUGUAUGCUGUUUGUCGCCGGUAUUGGAUCAUGUGUCGCUCUUGACUGCUACACUUGCUCUUUUCCCGACGGUAAUUGUGGGGAUCCGUUCAACCCGGCCGGCGCGACGACAAUGACAUGUCCUAGCGGUAAUGUCUGUACGGCUCAAAAGAUAAGUUCUGGUGGGACUGAGCUGUUUUCUAGAAGUUGCACCGAGCCCAUGGGUUGCACACCCGGCUGCAUUGCCACCCCUCAGGGUACCAUAUGCAGUUACUGCUGUAACGAGGAUCGGUGUAAUGGCAGGUCUAUUGCGGACGCAGUUGCAGACAUCCUCCACUGCUACUUUUGUGCAUACAGUUCGGAUCCCUCUGCCAGCAACAUCAGCUCUUCAGCGUGCAACGAUCCGUUCGACCCGAACGGCGACAGGGUAGUGCAACUGCCAUGUACCGAUGGACAGUGCGGGGUUUUAACGACCAACCACAUGGGGCAAAGUACCCUCAGCAGGCUCUGCAUCUCCAACAGCACUUCCCCCGGGGGGUGCACCCCUGGGUGCGACGCCCAGAAUAUCACCUGUCAAACCUGCUGCUCUGAAAACCUGUGCAACGGGGGACUUGGUGUGGGCAUGCCGACGACGCCCAGCGCGGCGCCCCCAACGACCGCCGGUGGAAAGGCCUCCCUCGCCGCCAUUUUGCUGGUUUCUGCGGGUCUGCUCGUGGCUUUGCGUUAGAUGUUCACACCUUGGGUGUCUUCAUCUGUAGGUCAAAACAGAAUUCACUAGCCAGACCUAUUUUAAGUGUUCUAAGUAGGAAUAGGUUUUUCUUUUAAAUUGUUUUAGGCUUAGAUUUGCUUUAUAAUUGCGAGUAGGUCUUCAGUUGCAUGUAAUACUGUCUUUAUCUGCAAAAUUUGAUUUAGUUCAAAUUUAUUUUUGAUUGAUCACUUGGUCCAUUCUAUUUUGUUUAAUCUAUGGGUAACACAUUGUAAUGGAUAUCAGUUAGCAAGGCUGCCAAAAGCUAAACGUUGUUUGACUGCUUCACUAUUGAAAAAGGCUGAUGACUCGGAACCAAAUUAAGACAAGAUUUGUGUUCAGCAUUAUUGACUAAAAAUAGUUAAGCAAAGCGACUUUAUUACCAAUGCCUGCAGUUUUGCUAACACUUAAAGUCCUGAUAGGCCAUCAGCCUGGGGGGUUUGGUCAGUGUCAAAUCAGGGCAUAAAUGAUUAUAGUGCGCAUGCGCAAGGAAU